AUCAUAAAAAUGAGCUUGCUUUUAAUUUUGUCCACUCGUUUCAUCGUAGUUUUUGAAGUUUUCAAUCUGCUGUGAGUGACUUGCACUUUCGGUGUUUGGCUUAAACUCUUAUCUGGUGACUUAUAAUAAUAUACCACACGCGUUCAAAAUAAAAGUUCUUUUUAGAAAAUAAGCUACAUUGUAUAUAAUCUCUAGCAAACAGUUCAUAAUUUAUCUCGCAACUAAUGCUUCGAUUUCCUGCUGGCCCAGUUCGAAGAUGCAACUUGAAACUGUGCACUUGAUAAUAUAUAGAGUUCUUGUUAAAUAUCAUUAGAAAAAAAGACUUUUUCAACAGUCAUCGAAAACAGCAACAAGAUUUUAAUCAAAUUACGGUCUGCGUCAAUGGCGUCAAUCUUCAUCAAUCGAGUUCUGUUUGCAGAUACUUUAUGCUAAUGAAAUUGACACAGUCAUUUACUGUGUUUCCGCAUUGCGCUACCAGUUCUCCUUUUUUCAUCAGCGCCUUCCUUUCCACAACGUCAACUGAAUUACCCCAAAGUACCCAAAAAUAAGGGGUUAGAUUUUGCAUUUCUUUUCUGGACACUCUUUGGUAUUACUUUUGUCUUACAAAUUAGAAUGAACGUCAGAAUGAAGGUUUAAAAUUGGAUGUUAAAGGCUUGCACCUGAUACGGGUAUAAAAUGUUGCUGGUGAUUAGUUAAAAUUGAUUCUGAGCCACUCGUAAAUGCUGAAGUUCAAUCUUGAAGUUCAAUCUAGUCCAGUUCUUAGUCAGUUUAGCCAUCACACCAAGUUGCUCGUUUAUUUUGGCUUCUUAAUUUGAUAGUCCAAUUGAAGUUUUUUAAAUUACUUGCCAAGAAUUGGUGUUUUUUUCUGAAGAAGAUCAGUUCAAUUUUUUUUCCACAAAUUGUAGAAAAUUGUAAUUUGAGGCUUGUAAGAAGUGUAAGAUUUAAUUUUGGAUCCAGGUAUGAAAUAUAGCAUAUUCGUUAUUGAAGCUCUUAGCCACUUUAAUUUUACUCCUUACUUGUUUUUGACUUCUAUUUGUUAAUUGAAAAUAAUUGUUAAUUGGAGCUCAUUGGAGGUUUCGGUGUACAGAAAUCGUUUUGUAUAGCGUUAUUGUGAUAAUCAAGUUAUUAGUUAUAAACCUCUGGUUAUUAAUGGCAUGGAGAAAGGCAUUCUCAGGUCGCUUGCUGUGGGUCACAAACACUGCCUCUUCUUUCGCACUCUACUUCAUGGGAGACAUAGCCGCCCAGAAGAUUGAACUGUCACAGCAGACGAUCAGUUCAGUUGAAGGUCAUAAAGAAGGGGUCAAAGGUCAGAUUGAUUUGCAGAGGGCUGUGCGGAUGGCGAGUAUGAGUUUCAUCAUCAGUCCCUGGCAGACUGGGUUCUACCUCGUUCUGGACAGAAGACUGCCAGGUUUAGCCUUCAAAACAAUCGGCGCAAAGAUCUUUUUCGACCAGUUGAACGCAGUCCCUCUUUACCUGACAUUCAUCACAUGUCUGGCAUAUGUAGAAGGAAACAAUUGGUCACAAUCAGUGAAAGAGUGCAAACAGAAAUUCAUCCCAAUUUACGCCCUCGAUUUGUGCAUUUGGCCGGCUGCUCAAUUCGCCAACUUUUAUUUUGUCAAGCCAGCAUUUAGAGUAACUUAUGUAAACUUCGUAACUUUCGCAUGGAAUAUUAUUUUAUCUACUCUAUUUCACUACAAACCGGAUGUAAAAUCAAACUGAUAGUCGAUAACUUGUUUUCAUUUUGUUGAAUUUAUUUAUUGAAUGUUCAAAUUG